CAAAGUGCUAUUUCCAUUACAUUUUUUCUUGUACAAUACAAUCCAGCUUCCCCAACGAGUUCGUUCCCAUUUUCCAUUUCUAGGCUACACGAAGGUCUUGAAAAUGGCAGUGAAGCCGGUGGGUUCAUGGUCUCCAGGCCUGACGAAGGUGGGAUUGUGUUUAAUGGCUCUUUGUAUGGCGGCUUACAUUCUGGGUCCGCCUCUCUACUGGCAUUUCAUGGAGGGCUUGGCCGCUUUCUCUUCUUCUUCUUCUUCUUUCUCAACUUGCCCACCUUGCUUUUGUGACUGUUCUUCUCACACUGACUUUGCCUUCACUGAAGAGCUCGAAGACACCACUUUUAGAGAUUGUGUGAAACAUGACUCUGGGAUGAACGAGGAAACAGAAAAGAGUUUUGCAGAGUUGUUAUCUGAGGAACUGAAACUGAGGGAAGCUGAAGCUUUGGAGAGUCAUCGGCAUGCUGACAUAUCUCUGCUAGAAGCAAAGAAGAUGACAUCUCAAUAUCAGAAAGAAGCAGACAAGUGCAAUUCAGGCAUGGAAACAUGUGAAGCAGCAAGGGAAAGGGCUGAAGCUACAUUGGCUUCACAAAAAAGGCUAACAGCAUUAUGGGAGACUAGGGCUCGCCAAAGAGGAUGGAGAGACUGACAUUGUUCGAUUCCGUGCUCAGACCCCAGUGGUACCAUCCGAACCUCAUAAUAGGUCCUAUGCUUAUUGAACCAGUUACUGCCAGAUUUCGUGGAGCCAGAAAGCCUACUGAACCAGUUGCUUUGAUUAGUCUAUGCUGAGAGCCCAGGCUUUUCCUUUACAUAUUCCACUCAUAUUUCUUCAAAUUUCCUCCUGUAUAUAACCAAAUGUCACUCUCCCUUCCCUUCAAGAGAUCAAACCUUUGGAAAGGUUAUACAGCAAGCAAAUUUUCCUGUGAUUGCUGAUUGGACUUUCAAAUUUUGGUACAGCAAUUAGUUAGACUACUUGUACUCAUGUAACUUGUCAGUAACUAGAACGUUCAAAAUAUUGCCCUUGUCCAUCAGUAUUGUAUAAGAGAUCAAGGAAAUUGCAUGAAAAA